UCCGGGAACCCGAUGGAGGAGGAAACCGGAAGUCGGAAGCAACCACUCGUCCUCUCCCCCCCAUCACCACGCUGUCUGCCUCACCUGGAAUCGCCUGCUUUUACUCACAGAGGCAACGAAAGUAAAUUUAUAUCCUACUCAAAAUAUAUUGGGUUUUUUUCUAAUAUUUUAGAAACAAAUAGGGUGGGGAAAAAUGGAGUAAACCAAAGUUGGACCCCCCAGGAUCUGCCUGAUGGUUUGACCCGGUUGCCUUGGAGACCGGUAGCAACAUCAAGAAAGCCGACGCCGGAGGCGAUGGCCUCGCUAGCCCGGAUGCAGGCGCGGUCCGCGCUUUUGGGACAUCAGUACUACUUUAGAAACAGUGUUGUGGAUGCAUUUAGAAAAAAAGAGAAUGAUGCAGCAGUUAAAAUCCAGAGCUGGUUCCGAGGAUGUCAAGUUCGGACGUAUAUCAGGCAUUUACACAGAGUUGCAACAGUUAUUCAGAAAUGGUGGAGAAGUUACUUAGGAAGGAAAUGUUAUCAACACAAGAUAAAGUUAGCAUAUCAUGAUAUGAAGAUGAAUAUCUACAAUGCAAUGGCUGUCAGGAUUCAGAAGCGAUGGCGAGGCUAUAAGGUUCGAAAAUACGGCUUCAAUUAUUAUUAUUUCAAGGAAUAUCUGAGGGCGAUAUCAGAGACCAACGACGCAGUUAGGGAGGCCCUGGACGAGUUCGCAGAUAUGAGGGAGAGAGAAGAGAAGAAGGCCGACCUCGAGAGGGAGGAGAAGAAGAGAGAUUACGCAGCCCGAAAGAUGCAUUACCUGCUCAGCACGAAGCAGAUCCCAGGCAUAUACAACUCGCCAUUCAGAAAGGAUCCCGACCCGCGGGAACUACGGCUGCAGAAGGCAAAGCCUUUAACGCCUCAGAGACCCAAAGCCAAGCAGAAGCGGCCCCACAGCCUCAGCAGCUGGCUGGCCUGCACCAGCACCCGGUCCUUCCCUCGCUCCCACACCCUGCCGCCCAUCGACAGGAAGCAGUGCCAGGGGCCCUUUCGUGACGUCAGUGACGUAUUGAAGCAGCGCUACAAGCCCUUGGAGCCGACGUUGCGGGUGGCGGAACCAAUCAAUACGUUAAAAGAGGCCAGAAGUGAAUUCAGAAGAUUGGAAUUGUCAAGGAACGUUCAGGAGAACAUGUUUUUGCCAUUCUCUUCCUACCAUAAGAAUGAAAGGUACGUUCCAUCAAUGCAUUUAUCAACCAAGUAUGGUACUGACGCUUAUGGAUAUCACCGUUUCAGAGAUGAAAGCCCUAACAAGUGGAUCGGUGGCAAGGAUUUCCAAACUAUAUUACCAUCAUUCGAUCUCUUCUCUAAGUACGGAAAGUCAUAUUCAAAAGCUGGACAGAUUUUAUAAAGACAAUAAAAGAAGACAAAGUGUAAAAUGAGGUUCAGGUGUGACGUGGUUGUGGAGUAGAAGACGCCACUGCCUGGCUGAGUCACCUGGACACAGUGUGUCAGCCUUUGAAGUCUCUGUCUCUCUGUCUCUCUUCCUCCCUUCCUCCCUCCCUCCCUCCCUAUCUCUCUCUCUCUCUCUUUCAUCUGUUCAAAGAAGAAAUGGGAACCCUCUAUUCAUUCAAAAACUCUCCAGUUCUUAAAGGAAAAUGCACAUGAGGAUCCUACAGAAACCACAACAUAAACCAUACUUCUUAAGAUUCAAUAAA